UUUGGAGGAGGUUCAGGUUCUGUUGUAGCGUAGCCUCGACAGUGACGAACAGCUAGCACGGCUGCUAACUACUAUUACGUUUUCCAUUUGCACUCGGGAUUUGCUCGUCGUGGUUUUAACUAUGAACAAAGGCGACUUCCCGGCAGGUCGGGGGAAGAGGCCGGCGGUCCCGGAUAAAGUCGACAUGUCCUUGGAUGACAUUAUUCGGUUGAACAAAAGAGAGCAACAGUUAAAGAGGAGACAGGCCAACGUGAACCGCCGACCAGUCAAGAAGAAAGGCCGUUUAACCCAAGGAAAGGCGGUUCCGGGACCAGUCCAGAGAGGAGGCGGCCUACCCAGAGGAGGAGCACCUAAAUUAAGGAACAGAAGGGUCCCACCCCUACCGGGGCGACGACGGGGUCAGGGGGUCAUCACGGGCCUGGCAGCGAGGAGGCCGGCUGCCCUGAUCAAACGAACCGGCACAAUCAACAGAGCAGCAGUCACCCAGAAAACAAGACAGAAAACAAGACCCUUCAUUCAGCGCCCCGAAGCCCAGUACAGGAAGCCGGAGGUACAGAGGCGGCUGUACCGGCAGCCCGAUCCACAGAGAGGCCCGAACGCGACGCCGGUCAGGAGACCUUUUCAGCUGCGACGACGACCACUGCCGCCUGUCCAGCAGACUCAGAGGGAAGCCCGCCAGGCCACUUUUCUCUUUCGCAGAGGACUCAAGGUACAAGCCCACGUGCAGAAGCCGAAUCCCCGCAGCCCUCCUGUCAAAACACGGCAGUGGCACACAUCGACAAGCAGCAAUGGCAUCUUGACCGUCUCUAUUGACAACCCUACAGCCAGGACUCAGCCAGAGCCUCCCACUGCCUGGACUUUGCAUCCUCCAGCUGCCAGCUCGGCUCCCGUCAAGGUGGAAACGGUGGAGAAGAAAAUACCAAAAGGAGUGCCUCUGCAGUUCGACAUCAACAGCGUUGGGAAACCGCAAACCUCGAUGACCCUGAACGAGCGGUUCCGCAUCCUGAAGGACCGACGCACCGCCACAGCGCAGAGCAGCAAAGGCAGCAGGUUCGUCACCGUGGGUUAGCAGAGAGACGAGAGAGGAAAAGAGAAAAGAGUUGACGCUGCUCGGAAGCUCCCCCGUCCUGCUCAGACCCACACAGUGACCCCACCUCCCCGAUGGACUGGACGGUGCUGACCCACUGACUGACUUUACUAACAGGAGGGAGGCCGGCCACGGGACACACGAGUACAACGUGCACAAUCGGUCAGCCGCGAGAAGUCCAGCACACAAGUGUCAAUGGAAAACUUUCUGUCUAAAAUAAGUUCCCGUUCAUUGUCCAUAUCAUUGCACUCAGCUGUUUGUAUCGUGGAUGUUCUAAACGGGGAAACCAAGAGCUUCUUUCCCAUUUGAACUUAAAACACUAUUAAAUUUCUUUUCACAGAGGGCCGCUGUGUAUCUGCAAGGAUGACACGUUCUGAAACCGUUUUUUUGACAUUUUUUGAGAGUUGUUUUUUUUUUUGUAAUAUUACUCCAAAUAAAUGGGUUUGUCUUUGAAGGUUUGUUAUAGUCGUGUAGCCUCGGAUUGAACACGCUUCGAGUCUGGAUCCUGUAAUCAAACAGCGCCACCUGUCUGCGAACCAGACGCCUCCCUGUUCGUCCACAGCGAUCGGGCGGUUUUUAUGUGAUAUCUGGAAAGUUUACUCCUCUGCAUCUGUGUACCGUGCAGGUGUCGGGUUUCUGAACGGAGGAACGAGGACGCGCUGACAUUUAAUCCUUUGUAAUCGGAGUUUGCACAUAUCGUAGGUGGUUUACCCACGAAAAGGGUUCAAAUGUCUGCAGAGCUCGAGAAUAUUUUGCAUCGUCUUUGUAUAAUAAACUGGUUUCUGGAACUUUCUAACAAAA